UUUCUCGCAUCCCGAGCACCAUCGAGGUUCAGGGGACAGGCCUGUCAAGCUUGGAAAUGGGAUCUUAAGCCCUCCCACACCUCGUGAAGUCGCGUCUCCCCACCCCUUGGGCCUCUCUGCCUGAGCUCCCGGACUUGCUAGGUCCUGCUAUUGCUUCCACUGCCUCGACAUCACCUCCAUUGCCAGCAUUUGCCUCGUAAACAUGCAGAAUCGCCGUAUCUUCUCCAUUCUCGUCGGCUUGCUGCUGCUGCUGGCCGCCGUCGUCACAGCGCAGACAGAGUCCUCAACAGCGCAGUCAGAUUCCUCGGCUCCUCCAGAUGACUCAACUUCUCCGCCACCAGUAGACUCGACAGCAACAGCAACCGCAACCGCCUCGGCCUCGGCGACAGACACGGGAUCCACGUCAGCGACUGCCUCAAGACCGUCGUCAUCGUUAUCGUCCGGCGCCUCCCCGUCCACGACAUCCAAGGCAGGCGCAACAAGCUCCCCCGCGGCCCCAAGCUCGACAUCACCGCCGGACGUGCUCCUCCGCGUGCCGGACCUCUCGGUGAAGCGCAUCGAGCUGGACGUGGACAACCUGCAGGCCGAGGUCAACCUAGCCGCGUCGGUGGCCAACCUGGUGACCAUCAACGCGGGCGUGCAGGUGGGCGUGCAGAAGGUGAACAUCACCAUCGCCGACGUCGCGGCCGAGCUGGAGCUGGUCAUCCGCCUGGGCAACCUAGCCGCCAUCGUGAACCGCACCCUCGCCUCUCUCGACCUCAACCCGCUGCUGAUCAACCUGCUCGACGAGGUGACCGAGGUUGUCACCACCGUCGUGGGCGCCGUCGACGGCCUGCUCGGCUCCAUUGUGAGCGGCGACUCAACCCUCAACUUCAUCAUCGACAACCUCGGGAAUAUCGUGCAGGAGGUCGCCGGCGCCGCCGGGGACGUCACCGGCGGCCUCGCCACCAUCGUCGGGAACUUCAAGGACAACAUGACCGACACGGGCAUCACCAAGGACCUGGGAGGCGGUCUGACGCAGAAGACGUACAAGUACGACGCCCUCGGCAGCCUGGUCAACAUCGUCUUCAACGCCCUCGGCCAGGUCGUGCAGGCUGUUGCCGUGGGCUCUACUGGCGGUGGUGGUGCCAGCAGCAGCAGCAGCAGCAGCAGCAGCAGCCCGGCGAGCGCACCUCCGUCUUCGGCGACGAGCAGCGCUGCUUCUAGUAGCGCACCCCCCCCUUCACCGACGUCGUCGUCUCCGUAAGGUUGGCGUAAGGGAGGUUUCUAGCGCAGCGGCGAGAUAUGGCUUCUGGAAUAAUGGUGGUGGGAGCACCGUGGUGGCAUGUCUAAUUCGGAGCGGCCGAAGAGCAG